AUGGAGGAGAUAGAUAUUGGUAACAAGCACUGUAUCCAUUUUAGAAUCAGAUUUAAUGACAAUCAGGUAUGCUGCGUUUCUUGCAAUGCUGGUGAUGCCAUAGAUGAUUUAUACAGUAAAAUAUAUCAAGUAUCUAACCGGAAAAUCGAAUUGCUAGCACUUGUGGGGUCAUAUCCUCAACUUAAGAUACCUCCUUCAUCUUUAAAAGUAAAACAAGCCGGUCUUACAAAUAACUCUGUAUUAGUGGCGUUAUCUGAAAUUAAAUCAACUACGACUUUGACACAGGGACAUGGAAGUUUUACUCCUAUUAGAGAAAUUAAUGACCCAUUGGCAUGGCAGCAAUUGCUCAAAGAUACUAAUAAAGAUUACCUUAUAAUGUGCCUCUUUUAUACAUCAAAGGUAAAUUGUGUAGCUCUUGUCGACCAAUAUGAAAGCCUUAGUAGAGACAGUAAUUACAACUCUAGGGUGUUAUUUUACAAGAUUAAUGCUGACAAGAAUCCUAGUUGUGUAUAUACAGAUGGAUCGAUGACUUUACCGAAAUUCGCUUUUUAUCGUAAUCAACAGGUGAUAGAUGUCCACAUUGGUAAUAAUUUCGAGCAAUUAAAAUCAAGUCUGCGAUGGAAUGCAUUUCAUCUACCAUUAUCAACUAAUCAAAUGGUAGUAUCUGAGAAAUAUGAUCGCUCAUUGUGGACUUACAAGAACAUCGACGACUAUUAUGACCCAAGGUAG